ACAAAAUUUCGUUAAUCUCGUCCGAUUGCUUUGGGGAAUGAUUUCCAUCCUGUUUCACUUGAAAAAUAUUCAAAAAUGCUAAACGACAACAUCUGCGCCAGUUUGUACAAAGUAUUCCCGAUACUCGAGGAUAAGCUCACCGUCGCCCCCGUCACCGACCAUGAGAUCUCGCAGCUUUCCGUGCAGCUGGAGCGCGAGCUUCCGGUCAUCUACGAGGCGAUCUUCUUCAAAAUCGACCGCUGCCUGCGCCACCAGACGGUUCCGCGCUUUUGGCGCCACUUUAACCAGUCGCCGGUAUCCGGGAAGAGCGCGGGCACGAACCGUCACUUUUUCCGUUUCCAGCAGGCGGUCCGCGAGCUGUACGACGAGUUUGGCCAGUACUGGCUGCAGCUGAAGCGGCUGGAGAAGCUGCGGAGGGGGGUGGUGCUGCCGGUGGAUGUGGCGAAGCGGCCGAGCGAUUUGAGCGAGUUUUUCCGGAUGUUCCGGUGCGGGUUGCUGGCGCAGCUGCCGGUGGACUUUAACGAGCUGGUGUACGAGUUUUACGGGAUUGCGUUUAAGGUGUUUGCGCUGACGCACGCGGACAGCGAGGAGAGUGGCAUGGAGGUGGGGGAAACGGCGUUUCAGUGUGGGGCUUGCGGGUCGGAGUCGGUGAAUUGCCAGUGCCAGAGCUUGGCGAGUGCGUUUACGAGCACGAAUCGGCAGUUGGCGGCGAUGGGGCUGUUGGAUAAGAUUGCGGGGUUUACGCUGACGACGUUGAUUCAGGAGCGGAUCGACGCGAAGAUUGGGGAGACGAAGGAGAACUUUUCGGUGUCGCAUUUGGAGGCGUUGGAGCGGUGGCUGAAUACGGUCGUGCUGCAGUGGCUGACGCGGAUUUAUAACCGGGGGUCGUUGACGAUUGCGCCGGGGAAUGUGAAGAUUGAGGAGGCGAUUGGGAAUUUUCAGACUAAGCUGAGCUUCUAUUUGUACGAGAAUUACGCGAAUGCGAUUAUUGAGCAGUUUUUUGGUAUUAUUAUUGAUUUUCCGAUGUCGCAGGCGGCGAUUGACGAUUUGAAGCUGUGCUUGGAGAAGAUCGAUUUGAAGAGUUAUCUGAUCAAGACGGUGAAAGGGACGUUUGAGUCGAAGCUGCUGCAUCCGGGGGUGGACACGCCGGACAUUUUGACCGGUUACGUGGCUGCGAUUAAGACGUUGAGACAUUUGGAUCCGACUGGGGUGUUGCUGCAGACGAUUACGGAACCGGUGAAGGAGUAUCUGCGGAGUCGGCCGGACACGGUUCGCUGCGUGGUGACCGGGUUGACCGAGGAGGGCUGUUCGGAUUUGUCGGAGGAGUUGGCCAAAAGUGAGCACAUCAAGGCGAAGGAGAAUAUCAACGAGAAGCUGGAGUUGACGGAUUGGGAGAACUGGAAUCCGGAUCCGGUGAAUGCGGACGCGGUGCUGUCGAAGGAGGCUCGCCUGGGACGACCCUCGGAUAUCAUUUCCAUGGUGGUGGACAUUUACGGCAGCAAGGAGCUGUUCGUGAACGAGUAUCGUAAUCUGCUGGCGGAACGGCUGCUCUCUCAGCUGGACUCCAACCCGGAGAAGGAGAUCCGCAACCUGGAACUUCUAAAGCUGCGCUUCGGCGAGACCAUGCUGCACAGCUGCGAAGUCAUGCUGAAGGACAUUAGCGACUCCAAGCGCAUCAAUUCGCACAUUCUCUCCGCCGAAUCCGGCUUCCCGUCGGAACGUCCCUUCGACAUUUCCGCGCUCAUCGUCUCGUCCCAGUUUUGGCCCACGUUCAAAAAGGAAACCAUGGACCUGCCUCCAGCGAUCAAGGAAGUCUUCGACCAGUACACCAAGUCCUUCGAGGCGUACAAGGGCAGCCGCACGCUGCACUGGACGCCCCUCAACGGCAAGGUCACCAUCGAGCUCGAGUUGGACGGCAAAACCACCGAAAUGCAGGUCACCCCGGCCCAGGCCACCAUCGCGAUCCACUUCAGCAAACAACGCGAGUGGGAACUGGAAAAGCUCGGCCAGCAGAUGAACAUGCCUCCAUCGGUCCUCCGCAAACGCCUCGUCUUUUGGCAAUCGCAAGGCCUCAUCCGAGAAACGCGCGAGAAUCUCUUCAUCCUCAACGAUCGCCAGUCCGAAUCCAACGCCGCAGAACUCCACAACGCGCCCGCCCCCGACGUCUGCGAAGACGAAGAAGCGGAAAGCGCCAUGGAAUCGGCCAGCGACCAGCGCGAAGAGGAACUCCAAGUCUUCUGGUCCUACAUCGAGGCCAUGCUCACCAACCUGGACUCGCUCCCCCUGGACCGCAUCCACCAAAUGCUCAAGAUGUUCGCCUCCCAGGUCGACUUCUCCCAGGAAGAGCUGAAAAACAUCCUCCAGCGCAAGGUGCGCGAGCAUAAGCUCGUCUACGCCGGCGGCGUCUACCAACUCCCAAAAGCUUAA